CUUGCAUCGAGCCGCCAUGUUGUUGGUGUGAAAGCCAGAGAGCUGCAGCGACCCGGGGCUGAAAUCCGUCACCAUCCGCAUCCUCCACCUUCUCUGGUGGAAUGAGCGUAGCGUGUGUGUUGAAGAGGAAAGCUGUGCUCUGGCAGGAUUCGUUCAGCCCCCACCUGAGACUGCCUCCCCCUGACAGGCCAUUACCCAGCAUGCCUGUGGUGCUGAGUGCUGCGGGCCACACCCCUCAACCCGGCCCUUCUCCUCAGGCCCCUGCCCCGACACAGGGAGCCGGACGAUCGCAAGAUGACGCAAUGGUGGAUUAUUUCUUUCAGCGGCAGCACGGGGACCAGCCCGGAUACAACAACUGCAAACACCGCUGGCCGACCGGCGACAAUAUUCAUGCAGACAACCAGGUACGAUCCAUGGAUGAGCUAAAUCAUGACUUCCAGGCACUGGCACUGGAGGGUCGGGCCAUGGGAGAGCAGCUCCUUACUGGGAAGAAGUUUUGGGAAACUGAUGAUUCAGGGAAAGAUGGACCAAAAGGGAUCUUUCUGGACCAGUGGAGAGACAGCGCUUGGGGAGCCUCUGAUCACUCAGUGUCUCAGCCAAUCAUGGUGCAGCGCCGACCGGGUCAGGGCUUCCACGGAGUGGGAGAGGCGGGAUCUGUGCUGUCGCCGCGGUCCGAGAGCGGUGGGUUAGGGGUUUCCAUGGUGGAGUAUGUGCUCAGCUCCUCACCUGCUGAGAAGAUGGACUCGUGUCUGCGCAAAGGAGCCUAUGGUCCAAGAGAUUCAGAGGCUGAUGACCCUGAGAAAAGGGUGGAACAAAAACCCAAGACAACGUUUGACCCCGAACGAAAGGAACUGAAGGAGACCGAACCAGAUGUUUUGGAUAAUCCUAAUGGACUGCCCAAUCAGAAUGGACUUGAUGUGGAUGUUAAAGAUUUUAGUCGGACCCCUGGAAAUUGCCCUCCAACUGGUCAAGAGGUGGAGUUGGGAGGACCAGAGAUGGUAGGAGGUGCAGGGCCGAAACCAGCCGAGGAGUUUUCAAAUGUUGAAACCCAAAAUGUGACCCUGGACCCCAUGGAGUCAGUGUCUAUGGAGACUUUGCAGUUCGAGUACCCUGGAGGACAGUUGCCGCUUGACUCCACAGCUGCUACCGUCGGCCUGUUUGACUACAACUCCCCUCAGCAGCUGUUCCAGAGACCCAAUGCUCUGGCAGUCCAGCAGCUGACCGCAGCCCAGCAGCAGCAGUACGCGCUCGCCGCAGCCCAACAGCCACACAUUGGUUUGGCUCCAGCUGCAUUUGUACCGAAUCCGUACAUCAUCAGCGCUGCUCCGCCCGGCACCGACCCGUAUGCUGCAGGACUCGCUGCUGCCGCCACUCUAGGCCCAGCGGUGAUGCCCCCUCAGUACUAUGGAGUGACUCCAUGGGGAGUGUAUCCUGCCAACCUGUUCCAGCAGCAGGCUGCCACGCCAUCCAACUCGGCCAACCAGCAGUCAGCAGCGCAGAACCAGCAGAACCAACAGCAGGUGAUGCGUGCAGGUGGAAACCAGCGACCUCUCACUCCAAGUCAAGGACAGCAGGGUCAGCAGACGGAGCAGCUCGUAGCGGCAGCAGCUGUGAACUCGGCAUUGGCUUUUGGGCAGGGUCUGGCAGCAGGUGUACCAGGUUAUCCAGUGUUGGCUCCUGCUGCAUAUUAUGACCAGACAGGUGCACUUGUGGUGAAUACAGGAGCUCGUGGAGGACCCGUUCGACUUAUGGCCCCCGCAUCAGUAAUCAUCAGCCCAUCAGCCGCAGUGGCUGCUGCCGCCGCUUCAGCAGGAGGGGCGAAUGCAGGUCUCGGUGGUGGAGCCAGCGGUGCGUUUCGUGCAUUGAGUUCCCAGCAGGCUCCUGGGCAGCAAGGGAGCGGGGCUUUGGGAGGAAGCUCUUUUUAUGGGAGCGGAUCUCCGAGCUCCUCUUCACAGAGCUCCUCCCUGUUCUCCCAAGGCUCCGCUCAGCCGGGAAACACCUCACUCGGAUUCAAUGCCAACCCAACAUCAUCUCUCGGAGCCACGCUUGGAGCAGCACUCGGGGGUUUUGGCACGGCAGUGGCUAAUUCCAGUUCCAGCGGGUCUCGUCGGGAUUCUCUGACGGGCAGCUCUGAUCUGUACAAGCGGACAGCCAGCAGCCUCACUCCUAUUGGCCAUGGAGCCUUUUACAACGGCCUCAGCUUUAGCUCCUCCCCUGGUCCGGUUGGCAUGCCGCUUCCAAACCAAGGCCCCUCCCACUCUCUCACCCCACCACCCUCGCUCUCAACUCAUGGAUCCUCAAGCAGUCUUAAUCUUGGUGGACUGACCAAUGGCAGUGGGCGCUUCAUCUCAGCAGCUCCUGGAGCGGAGGCGAAGUACCGCAGCGCCACCACCGGCUCGUCUCUCUUCAGUCCCAGCAGUCAGCUCUUCCCCUCGUCACGGCUGCGCUACGGGAUGUCUGACGUGAUGCCGUCGGGACGCAGCCGUCUGCUGGAGGACUUCAGAAACAACCGCUACCCCAACCUGCAGCUGAGAGAGAUCGCAGGACACGUCAUGGAGUUCUCUCAGGACCAGCACGGCUCCAGGUUUAUUCAGCUGAAAUUGGAGAGAGCAAGUCCUGCAGAGCGUCAGCUGGUCUUCAAUGAGAUCCUGCAGGCCGCCUACCAGCUCAUGGUUGAUGUGUUUGGAAAUUAUGUCAUCCAGAAGUUCUUUGAGUUUGGCAGUCUGGACCAGAAGCUGGCGCUGGCCGAGCGGAUUCGUGGUCAUGUGUUAUCCCUGGCGCUGCAGAUGUACGGCUGCAGAGUCAUUCAGAAAGCCCUGGAGUUCAUCCCCUCCGACCAGCAAGUCAUUAAUGAGAUGGUUCGGGAGCUCGACGGACACGUGUUAAAGUGUGUGAAGGAUCAAAACGGCAAUCAUGUGGUGCAGAAAUGCAUUGAGUGUGUUCAGCCUCAUGCUCUUCAGUUCAUCAUUGAUGCCUUCAAAGGACAGGUGUUUGCUCUGUCCACACACCCAUAUGGCUGUCGGGUGAUCCAGCGUAUUCUGGAGCACUGCCUGCCCGAGCAGACUUUAUCCAUCCUGGAGGAAAUCCAUCAGCACACCGAGCAGCUGGUGCAGGAUCAGUAUGGGAAUUAUGUAAUCCAGCACGUGUUGGAGCACGGCCGCGCUGAGGACAAGAGCAAGAUUGUAUCUGAAAUCCGAGGAAAUGUUUUGGGGCUCAGCCAGCAUAAGUUUGCCAGUAAUGUGGUGGAGAAGUGUGUGACCCACUCUCUGCGUGCCGAACGGGCCAUGCUGAUCGAUGAGGUGUGCAGUAUGGCGGACGGGCCACACAGUGCCUUAUACACCAUGAUGAAGGACCAGUACGCAAACUAUGUUGUGCAGAAGAUGAUCGAUGUGGCCGAGCCAACACAACGAAAGAUUGUAAUGCACAAGAUCCGGCCCCAUAUUGCGACGCUGAGGAAGUACACGUACGGAAAGCACAUUUUGGCCAAGCUGGAGAAGUACUACAUGAAGAACGGUGUUGACCUGGGCCCGCUCUGCGCUCCUCCCAAUGGCAUCAUGUAA